UUUUACAAUAAUCACACCCGUGUUAUAAUUAAUGCGAAAGUGAGUUUGCAUAAUUUGUUAGUUUGUCCUCCAAUCACGCCGCAAGGCGACGGAGCAACGGAUCGACUUGAUUUCUGACAUGAAUAUCUAGGAUUUAGUUUUCGACACCUGAAGAAUGACAUAGGAUACUUUUUGAAUUUUUUAUAAACUUAAAUCCAUGCGGACGAAGUCGGGGCAUCAUUUAUUAGUCGGCACACAAUGAACGGGGAAGUCGGCCUCCGAUUCCUUGAUUGGGAUCUGACGAAAAGCAAAUAUGAUGAAACGGACUUUUUGCCCCUGAUGGUAACACCGGGACCAGUGCUGAUAAUUUUAGCUGUAUAUCUGUUAUAUGUUCUGAAAAUCGGGCCGUCUUUAAUGACCAAGAGAGAACCUUAUAAGCUUAAAGCUGCAUUAGUGCUGUACAAUGCGAUUCAAGUGAUCGGUUCCGUAUAUUUAGUUCGACGGUAUUUUGGACAACUAAUGGAACAAGGGAUAUUUCCAAAGACAUGUCAUCUUGCUAUUGAAAACGAAAGAAGAGAGAUUCUCCUAAGCAUAUGGUUUUACUUCGCCGCGAAGGUCACUGAACUCCUAGACACAGUCUUCUUCGUGCUCAGAAAAAAGGACAGCCAAGUUACAUUCCUCCAUCUGUACCAUCACUCUGUCAUGAUGAUCGGUACAUGGGCGUUUUUAAAGUACUGGCCUUCGACCACACUUAUUUUCAUUGGCUUCCUGAACUCCUUGGUACACGUGUUCAUGUAUACGUACUAUGGAUUAGCGGCUUUGGGACCUAAAGUGGCAAAAUAUAUCUUCUGGAAGAAGUAUAUGACAAAGUUUCAACUGAUCCAGUUCGUGUGUAUUAUCAUUCACUACAACAUCGCAGUAAGAGUUUCUGACUGCCCACCAUCUAAAGGCGAAGCCGCAUUUAUAGCGUGCAACACGCUCUUCUUUCUUGUAUUAUUCUUAAACUUCUACCGACAAAGUUAUACCAAGAGGAAACAACAACUGUCGAAUGGCGUUUGUAAGCCAGCUUACAAUAAAGAAGAAUGUAUAAAUAGUACAAAAGAAGAAUAAUGAGAGGUUAAAAAAAGAAGGUUAGUUAAAGCAGAAAGAAAACGAAGAAGAUUUAUAAAUAGAUCCGAUUAUGAUCUCUUUUAGUGACAUAUUCUAUAGAUCGUGACAUGGGGAAUGAUUGUGGAAAAAGAAAAAAGAGAAAGAAAGAAAGAUUAAAAAAGGGUAUUUUAAAGAGCAGAGGUAAUAGACGAAAAAUACCACCAAAGAUUAAAGAAUUGUAAGAAGUCAUUUCUCGUUUGAAUUAGUUUCAAAAUAUAAACCCCUCUAGGUUGAUAAGUAAUUAUGCAAAGAUACUUAUUCACUAUGCUAAAAAAAUUAACUAGAUAAUUACUUCGAGCUAGCUUAUGACCGCAGAGCCUGCUUAGGGGUUGAAUUUUCAAAAAAUCUUUCUGAGCGAGUGGUUACGUCAUAAUAGAUACCUGAUACCUGCAUGCCAAAUUGCAGACCAAUCUGUGCAGUUAUUUGAGUUGUGCUUUGAUAGAUCAAUCAGUCAGUCAGUUCGUCAGCUUUUUCCUUUUAGAUAUACUUAGAUAAAAGAUAAAAUCACUGUAAAAAAAUAUGAUGGUUAUCAAUACAAGGAAAAUGCUAAUGUACAACUUUGUUCGCAAAUAAUGAUUAGUUUUUGUGCGACCAAAAUUACUUUAGUGAAUUAAAUAAUAUAUGGAUUUAGAAGGUAAUUAUGAACAGUAUAACAUAAUAAUAUAAUUGCCUUAAUUAAAAUUGAAAAAUGAACGUAGGUACCGUACCAUGAAUCUAUGGUAAAAAAUAACUAAUAAUGUAAUAAAAUAUUUUGCAAAAUCUUUUUAUCUUUGUAAUUUACACAAGUGGCUAUUCAAACAUAAAAUAUUUGCUGAAAAUGUAAAUAUACUUAUAAGUAGAUAAUUGAUACCUACUUAAGUUUUGUGAUGUAGUUCGUAUUUCUAGAAUUGUAGUUAUUAGGUAAAGUUAAAAUUAUUUUAUUGGUAUGUAAUUUAUUCUACUAUAAGUCUUUGUACAUAGAUUAAGAUAAAAUAAGCAGAAGAGAAACAAUUAGAUACUUUCAAUUUUAUAA